AUGAGCUGGAAGAACUUUGUGCUCCCCCUGCUGCUGUUGUGCUUGUGGGGGCCCUGCGAGGAAGGACCGCAAGCUUGCAGCUGCUUCCGGAUGCAUCCGCAGGAGGCGUACUGCCAAGCGGAUGCUCAACUCCCCCUGCUGCUGUUGUGCUUGUGGGGGCCCUGCGAGGAAGGACCGCAAGCUUGCAGCUGCUUCCGGAUGCAUCCGCAGGAGGCGUACUGCCAAGCGGAUGCUGUCGUUAUCAAAGCGAAGGUUGUUGGAGUGACACCUGGCAUGGAAGGGAAACUCACAAAGUAUGAUAUCAACCUCAUCAAGACCUUCAAGGGUGCUGAAAAGCUCUUUACUGCCAUUUACACCGGGCUCGACCCUGCAGCGUGUGGAGUCACUCUGACAAAGGGUGUUGAAUAUCUACUCAUGGGGAGACUGGAUUCCAAUGCCUCUCUGCACGUGCAUCUAUGUGACUUCUAUCAACCGUGGGAUGUUGAGCAACAAAGGGACCUGUUGUACCACUACGGCGAGGGCUGUGAUUGCGCGAUCAAGACCUGCUUCUCCUUCCUGUGCCGCGUCACUGUCCCGACAGAGUGCUUGUGGAGAGAUUACCCGCCAAAGAUGGGCAAUGGUAAACAGGCCCAGAACUUUGCUUGCAUCAAGGACUUUGUUGGCACUUGCACCUGGUAUGAGGGGGUUGGCCACCAUCGGGACGACCUACCUGAGAAUGAAAAGGAAACUAAUCAAUAAAAAUUGAUUAAAUGAAAUAUAUUAAACACUG